AUGCUGAAGAUCUGUGUGGAUGUGGAUGAGCUGAUGCAGGAGAAACAGCAGGGUUCCGGGCAGGAGAUGGAAAGGUGGCAAAACUCCGACCCUGAGCUCGGCCAGAAUGGAACUUCUCAGGUUUCCUACCUGACCUUCAACAGUCUCAAGCUGAUAUGGGAGUCCAUGAAAACCGGGGUAGCGAUGUUGGACAGAGAGGAGCGAACGCUGUCCAACAUAAUGGAGAAGAUCGUGGAUGAGAUGGUUGAGAAGAAGGAGAUCAGACCCAGUAACUGGGAAGCUCUUCUUCAGGCUUUAACACAGAACCAAAGCCAAUCAGUGGAGACCCAGGCUCUGACAUCAUCCCUGGAAAUAGAGGUGGUUGCACAGAGGAGAGAAGUAUCUGAAGAUGUGGAGGCCUCCUUGGUGCUCGUUGGAGCUCUGGACUUUCUGGAGAAGCCGACCAUAGCAUUUGUCCGCCUGAAGGAGUCGCAGGUUCUCCAGGCCCCAUUACAGGCACCGGUUCCAGUUUCAGUUCGCUUCAUCUUCAUACUGGUCGGACCAGCCAAGAGUGACGUGGACUAUCAUGAGUGUGGAAGAGCCAUGAGAGCGCUUCUGGAAGAUGGAGUGUUCAUCCAGGCUGCUCUCCAGGCUCAGAGCCGGACCGAGGUGAAUGACGCCUUCGAAUACUUCCUCGACUGCUGCGUGGUGAUUCCACCCAUGGAGGUUCAGGAUGAAGCCAGGCUCCAGUCCAUCAUCGGCUUCCAGAAGAAACUCUUGCAGGAGAGGAACCGCCCCUCCGAAAUUCAACACCAAUUUGAACCCAUAUCACGCAAAACCUCUGUUGCUGAAGUGCCUCCCCCUCCGGAGGAUCCUCUCAUGAGGACCGGGGUUCCAUUCGGCGGGAUGAUCCAGGAUCUGAGACGACGUUACAGACAUUACAGAAGUGACAUCACAGACGCCCUGAACUCCCAGGUUCUGGCCGCCAUCAUCUUCAUCUACUUUGCUGCCCUCUCGCCUGCCAUCACAUUUGGAGGUCUGCUAGCUGAUAAGGUGGACAACAUGAUGGGGGUAUCGGAGCUGAUGCUCUCCACAGCCGUGCAGGGCAUCAUCUUCUGUCUGAUCUCAGCCCAGCCGGUCCUGGUCAUCGGCUUUUCUGGACCACUGCUGGUGUUUGAAGAGGCUUUCUACGGGUUCUGUAAAUCUCAGGACAUCGAGUACAUCGUGGGCCGAGUGUGGGUGGGAGUUUGGCUCAUCGUCAUCGUCCUGCUGAUCGUGGCGGCGGAGGGCAGCUUCCUGGUUCGCUUCAUCUCCCGCUUCACCCAGGAGAUCUUCUCCAUCCUUAUCUCCCUCAUCUUCAUCUACGAGACCUUCGCCAAGCUCGUCAGGAUCUUCUCAGAACAUCCUCUGAAUCUGAACUACGAGCAGCUGGACAGGACAGUGAAGGACCCGUGGCACCCUGCCGUGACACACCAUACGGUUCCGAAUAAUUCUACAGGUAACAGCACCACGCUGACCAGCGUCCGGCACCGCGCCUACCCCAACACGGCACUGCUGUCCAUGUGCCUGAUGUUCGGCUGCUUCUCUAUCGCUUACUUCCUGCGCGUCUUCAAGAACGGACGCUUCCUACCCGGCAAGGUCCGUCGUUUGAUGGGAGACUUUGGCGUUCCCAUUGCUAUUUUCCUCAUGGUUGCUGUGGACAUGAGUAUCAAUGACACCUACACACAGAAACUGGUGGUGCCUAAGGGCUUGCAGGUAUCAAACCCCGCUAUGCGAAGCUGGCUCAUCAACCCCAUGGGUGAACACAAGCCCUUCCCGGUCUGGAUGAUGUUUGCUUGCGUCGUGCCAGCCAUUCUGGUCUUCAUCCUCAUCUUCCUGGAGUCUCAGAUCACCACGCUGAUUGUAAGCAAACCAGAAAGGAAGAUGGUGAAGGGUUCAGGUUUCCAUCUGGACCUUCUCAUUCUGGUGAGCAUGGGAGGUUGCAGCGCGUUAUUCGGGAUGCCGUGGCUCAGCGCUGCCACCGUUCGGUCCGUAACGCACGCCAACGCUUUGACUGUGAUGAGCAAAGGACCCAAACCAGAGAUUGAGAAGGUUCUGGAACAGAGGGUCAGCGGGAUAUUGGUGGCCAUGCUUGUAGGCCUGUCCAUCCUCAUGGAGCCAAUCCUGAAGAUGAUUCCCAUGGCGGCCCUGUUUGGGAUCUUCCUCUACAUGGGAAUCACGUCCCUCAGUGGCAUCCAGCUGUGGGAUCGCAUACAGUUGCUGCUCGUACCCAAAAAGUACCAUCCCAAUGAACCCUACGCUACAAAGGUGAAGAUGAGCAGGAUGCACAUGUUCACAGCCAUACAGAUGGUUUGCCUGGUCCUGCUCUGGGUUGUGAAGUCGAGUCCGUUCUCGCUCGCCCUGCCCUUCGUCCUUAUCCUCACCAUCCCGCUGCGCAUGUUCCUCAGCCGCCGACUCUUCAACAAGCUCGAGAUGAAAUGUUUGGACGCUGAUGAUGCCAAAGUGACGUUUGAGGAGGAGCCCGGGGUGGAUGUGUACUCAGAAACCCAGAUGCCGUUGUAG